AUGGAGAAAGCCUCGCCUUUUCAGCUUCUCGCAUUUUUAUUAACAUCUCUUCACCUUUUAGCAACUUGCAGCUUGGCCAUGAAUAUUAGCACUGAUCAAUCUUCUCUUCUUGCCUUGAAAUCCCACAUCACUUCAGAUCCUUUUCAUGUUCUUUCGACGAACUGGUCUUCUUCUACCUCUGUUUGUGAUUGGAUUGAAAUCACUUGUAGCUCUCGCCAUCAACGAGUGAUUGCACUGAAUAUUUCAAACAUGGGUUUAUCGGGUACUAUCCCGCCACAACUUGGCAACCUCUCCUUUCUUGUUUCACUUGAUCUAAGCAAAAAUGAUUUCUGUGGUGAACUUCCAUCAGAAUUUUCUCAUUUACGGAGAUUGAGAGUCAUUAAACUUAGUUACAUCAACUUCACCGGAGAAAUUUCAAUUGGAAUAGCCCCUCUUCCGAGUUUGAUACGGUUUUCCAUGGGAUACAAUAAAUUACUCAAUGGCUCCAAUGUGCUCUCUAAAUUCAACAUCUCAACCCUUGAAUAUUUGGAUCUCAGAAAUUCUGGUUUAACUGGUGAUUUCCCUUCUGAUUUAUGUCAUCGUCUUCCUAGAUUGCAAAAGCUUGCACUUGGCAACAACAUGUUAAGCGGAGAGGUACCAAGAAACAUAUCUGAAUGCUCAGAGCUUCAACUCCUAAUGUUGUUUCAAAAUAACUUUGUUGGAACAAUUCCAAGAGAUAUAGGCACAAUUCCUGAUGAGAUCGGCCAUCUUUAUAACUUAAAGAACAUAUUCAUGGAUAAAAAUUAUUUAACAGGCUCAAUCCCUUUAACCUUAUUCAACAUUUCAUCACUUGAAAUGCUAUAUAUGAAUGAUAACAAGCUUGAAGGACCUUUACCAAGACAGGUUGGAAAUUUUACUAUGCUUGCCUGGUUUGAUCUUUCCAAUAAUUACCUGGCAGGUGUAAUUCCACAUGAAGUUGGUAACCUUCAAGAGUUGACAGACCUUCCAUUGUUUUACAAUGAAUUUAGUGGGUCGAUCCCUAUUGGUAUCUUUAAUAUCUCAUCUCUUGUAACUAUUGGACUCACAGAAAACCACAUUUCAGGUGGAAACAACAUUAAUGGUGUUUUACCUGGAUCCAUCUCAAAUUUGUCUAAGCUCACCUUUCUCGAACUCUUUAGUAAUGAAUUUACUGGUUCAAUUCCUGACUCUCUCGGAAAUUUAAGACAACUUGAACUUCUCAACUUGUACGGCUGUAACCUCAAAGGCAAUGUUCCAAGUGAGAUCAGAAAUAUGAGAAAUUUAUCUACUUUGUCUCUGGGAGGUAAUAACCUUACUGGAAUUGCCCCGACGACAUUAAGUUCUUUGAAAAACCUGCAACGGCUUUUUCUUGAUGCAAACAGAAUAACUGGUCCUUUCCCAAUUGUUUUAUGCAACCUUCCAAGUACAUUGGGAGGUCUACAGAAAUUGAUUCAACUAUCUUUGGCUCAUAACGGAAUUGAAGGAUCUAUUCCUGAGACAUUUGGGGAACUCCUAAGUUUGGAAACAUUAGAUCUUUCAUAUAACAAAAUGUCUGGUGUGAUUCCAAAGUUAUUAGAGGCACUUAAGCAGCUAAACUCCUUUAAUGUCUCAUUCAAUAGGUUAGAUGGGGAAAUUCCGAGUGGGGGACCUUUUCUUAAUCUCCCUUACCAGUCUUUCAUGUCGAAUAAAGGAUUGUGUGGGCUUGCUUCAGCAAUAGUUUUCAUGUUGAUGAGACGCGGGGGUAAAACGAUCAAUGUUGAAGUUGAGUGGUCUCCUGAGGUAGCACCACAAAGAUUUUCUUACUAUGAACUUCAAAGAGCAACUCAGAGUUUUAAUGAAAAUAACUUGCUUGGUAGUGGAAGUUUUGGUUCUGUUUAUAAAGGGAUAUGGAAGGAACAUUUCAAACCUUUGAUAGAGAGUGUGAAAUCUUGCGGAAUCUUCGUCACAGAAAUCUCACAAAGAUCAUUAGCAGCUGUUUUAACUUGGAUUGCUCCAGAGUAUGGUCUGGAAGGCCUUAUAUCCAAGAGGUCUGACGUUUAUAGUUUUGGCAUCAUGCUGUUGGAAACUUUUACCAAGAAGAAACCCAGUGAUGAAAAGUUCGCAGGAGAUUUGAAUUUGAGAUGCUGGGUGCAUAAUUCACUUCCUGAUGAGUUGGAUCAAAUCAUAGAUGCUGACUUACUAACAGUCAAUGAACAAAACUUAAGUCAAAAGCUGCAAUGUGUGUCAUCCAUUAUGGAGUUAGCCAUGAAUUGCACAACUAGUAUUCCAGUUGAAAGGAUGAACAUGACUGAUGUUGUAGAAACAUUGAACAAGAUCAAACAAAAGCUUUCUUACUGUUAUUGA